AUGCAGCACUCCUCCUUGUUCACCAUUUUCGAACCUCGCUCGGAACUUCAAUCAGAUAUCAUACCUCUCGAGAUCAAAGUUCAAGGCGAAGCCAUCGCCAGUCGCAUGGCUGACAUGGUUGAAAUCCACAUUGCUUUCAAAUCCAAGGGCCUCUACCGCAACGAAGCCAGUACCGCCCUCUCCAAAGCCGUCGAAGCUCUCAUCGAUACACUCCAGAAACUCUCACCAACUCUCAAGAAUCAGCACUCGUCGUUCCAAGCUACCCCUGAAGGGCCAAUCACCUUCUGGAGCGUCGGAGCCCAGCAUGUUCAAACUCAGUCUGUCCCAAUCUCGCAAACCAAAACUUAUCAAGAGAACCAUAUGGUCACGGCAUCUCUGGUUAUCAACAUCUGUGAUUUCCAGAUCCUUGGACAAGUCUCAAAAGCCAUCACCAGAACCUCUUGCGUUGCCAGCGUAAAGACGAUCUGGUCACUGACUGACUCAGUCGUCACUCGUCUGAAGACUGAGGUGCAUGAGUUGGCCGCCAAAGAUGCACUUCUCAAAGCUACCGCCAUUGCUUCGAGUAUUGGUUUCCACGCAGUCACAGCAGAAGACGUCGCCUUACAGGCUUCCAAACAGGAUCUCCUCCGCUCGGAUGAUCAUUACUCCGAUGGAAAUUGUAUUCGCUCAUCGCCGGUCAGACAUCGCAUGGGCGGCUGUCUUUCCUAUAACAGCUACGACUACGGAGGUGGAUCCUUCGAAUGCAGCGAUAGCAAGUGGACAAGUCGUGAUGAGGCUGGCAACCUGGAUACCUGGACGCUGGUGAUGGUUCCCAAACAGGUCGCCCUCACUGCUACGGUGGAUGCCAAGUUCUCUGCAACCAGCUCAGCUGGAUGGGUCUACGAAGAGAUCAACCAGCAUCGAUUCCUUACUAGCUGA